UGCAGCUGGUGACUAUUAAGCCAUGGAUAUGUUUCCGCUUCAGUUCACUGCACCCCUUGUGGAUGUAGAAUCAGAAGAAAACCAUAUGGUGCCCUCAGUUACACUUAACGGGCAUGGAGCGAUCAAUAGGAUAAAGGUCGAAGAUUCUCCCCUUAACAAUGCUCUUAAAAGCGACUACGUCGAAGUGGAGGUAGAAUACUGCGGUAUGAACUUCACGGACAACUACCUGCGUUUGGGCAUAAUAAGAAAUUACAAAUUCCCCGUCGUCAUGGGCAGUGAAUGCUGCGGCACUGUGACACGUGUCGGAAAUGCUGUUACCGAUCUGAAGGCCGGGCAGAAGGUGCUGUGCUUGAAAAUGCAAGGCGGCCUGUUCAGACGGAUGGUCCACGUCCCGAGGAAAAACUGCUUCCUGGUGCCAGCCGAUAUCGGCCUCCAGGAUGCCAUUGGUCUUGGUCUCAACUACUUGGUAGCUCACAUCUGCUUGUUCGAACUGGGCUGCAUCAAAGCAGACGACGUAGUUUUCAUGCAGUCGAUUGCAGGUGGUGUUGGAACGGCUGUUACCCAGCUUUGUCAGACACUACAAAAUGUUAAACUCCUGGGAACCGCUUCAGAAUCAAAGUUCGCUGAUCUAAAAUCUCAUGGAGUGGACCGUGUUUUCCGCCACGGCGAUGAUUACGUACAAGAAAUCCUCAAAACAUAUCCUGAAGGACUAGAUACCAUCAUAAACAGCAACGGUGGAACGGACAUUGAAAGGUGCUUUAAAAUGCUGAAACGUUGUGGCACGUUGAUCCUGAUAGGUUCCAACUGCACUGCUUCGUAUCCCAAAACUAAAGCCUGGGGCAUGAUCAGGCCAACGUGGGAUACCCAAACGGUGUCGUCAGCUGAGCUGAUUAGCAAAAACCACACUGUGGCGGGCGUAAAUAUUGGGCUGUUGCUGCAAACUGAACAAGAGAUGAUGCAGGCCAUAGUCGCAGAGAUAUUUGAACUACGAUCCAGUGGGAAAAUUGAACCCCGUAUUCAUUCAGUUCUGCCUUUCGAAAAGGUCACUGAGGGUAUGAUCGAGCUAUGCGAGAGAAAGAACUACGGGAAGAUUAUCUUGGAUGUGAAGCGAAAAACUGCCACGCCAGACGAGCCAGAUGUUUCCGGCGCAGCGGAAUCAGAAAAGAAGCCUCUUCUUGCCCAUGAGGAACAGGGCCAGGUGGAAACAAAUGAGAAGGGCGUAGAGACACAGGAACCUAGUCUGGAAGCGGCAGCGGAAGCAGAGCCUGAGCUAGCUCGUACUGAAGAUACUGAGGAAACUGAAGCAACAGAACCAGUCGAACAGAAACAGCAAUACGAAGAAAAGAUCGCCGAGGAGCCGAAGGAUGCCAGUGGAUCUCAAUGAGAAAGAUGCAGCUAAAGAUGUGAUGUACUAUUUAUACUGUUAAAUUAUUCUCUAAAAUUAUUUUAAAGUUGUUAGAUUUUUAAUUAUGCUUCC